AUGAAGCAGGAGACGUUGCAUCGAGGCUUGCUGAAGCUGUUUUCUAUAGUGGACUUGGAUGGUGACAACCGUGUUUCCUACAACGAAUUGAACCUUGGUUUCGAAAGAUUUGGUUUUACUGAAAGUGAAUGCUCCAAAUUCAUGCGAAUGUUUGACAAGGACAGCGACGGUUACCUAACACUGGGGGAAUACAAGGCCGCAUUUGGAAUCCCAGAGGACCUGCAAGAAGAAUCGCAUUGUAAGGUUACAAAAACAAUGUCAAAAGGAGCUCUUCUGGCCCUGUUUGAAAAGCUUGAUGUGAACUGGCAAGAUAAGAUAACACAGGAGGAAUUGCACAAAGGGAUGCUCGAGCUUGGCGCUACGGAAGCAGAUGUUGAGUCACUAAUGUCCUUCCUCGACAUGGAUGAUGACGGUUUAAUUUCGAAAAACGAAUAUCAUGUUGCGCUGUGCAUGUCGCUUGACCCUGAGAUAGACUGGGACAUUGUGUUCGAACAACUUGACUGUGACCGAUCUGGAGAUAUCUCUGUCACGGAGCUCAAACACGUCUUCGAUCGUAUUGGAAUCCCAAUUAUGACCUCCGGGAUCAUGCAAUGGAUUAAACAGCAUGAUAAAAACAACGACGGAAAACUGGAUUACCAAGAGUUUUUAUCGUUUGUCGGCACUCAACGAAAAUUAUCUAGGAAACAUAAGUAACCGUUGAUUAAUGUGUGUCAUACCUCCUGCUGUAAAAUAUUAUUGAUUUAAAUGUAAAGACUAUCAACGCCAUAACACGUUUGUGAAAGUUUUCCAAGACAUAAAAUUAUACACGGAAACCGAUCAAUAAACACAUCGAUAUCGACCCAAAUGCAACCCUGAUGAAUGUGACACACAGACAGGCGACUCUGAAUCACAUGGGAAGUCAAACAACAACAAAAAGUGGAUCAAGCAGUUCAUGCUUUUUGAAUAAAAAGCAGCGAGCGGAUCAAAUAUAAAUGAUAUCUGUCUGUUGCUCAUAAUGUGAGAUAGAACUAAGAUAUGGCCAACAAAAU